AUGUUGCAAAUGAUUCAAGCGAUCCAAUUUAAUGGAUUGCCUAAUGAAGAUCCUAAUGCUCACAUCACAAAUUUUCUGGAGAUUUGCGAUACUGCCAAAUACAAUGGAGUCAAUGAUGAAGCUCUUCGCCUUCGUUUGUUUCCUUUCUCUUUGAGAGAUAAAGCAAAAAAUUGGUUGAACUCACUGCCGCCAAAUUCGAUCACUAGUUGGGAAGACUUAGUUCAGAAGUUCCUUUCUAAGUUUUUCCCACCGGCUAAAACAGCGAAGAUGCACAUCGAGAUCAAUAAUUUUGCUCAAUAUGAAAGUGAAACUCUAUAUGAAGCAUGGGAGAGAUACAAGGAGCUGCUGAGAAGAUGUCCUCAUUAUGGUCUACCUAAAUGGAGGCAAGUCCAUAAUUUUUAUAAUGGAUUGAGUGGCACUACAAGAACUCUAAUUGAUGCAUCUGCAGGAGGAGCGUUAAUGAAGAAAACUGAAGAUGAGGCAUAUGAGUUGCUAGAAGAUAUGGCAACCAAUAAUUACCAGUGGCCUAGUGAAAGAAGCAUACCAAAGAAGACAGCCGGACUACAUGAAGUUGAUGCCAUCACUAAUUUGACUGCCCAAAUUGCUUCUCGGUCCAAACAAUUACAGAGUACUCAAUUGACAGCCAAUGCCAUCCAAACAUCCUCUCCAGUGUGUGAGUUUUGCAGCGAAUCUCACCAAAGUUCUGAGUGUCAAGCGGACAACCCAUUUGCACAGGUACAAAUGGAGCAGGCUCAAUACGUGGGGAAUUACACUAGGCAACAGAACAAUCCGUACUCUAACAGGUUUAAUCAAGGAUGGCGUAAUCACCCAAACUUGUCUUGGAGAAACAAUCAAAAUGUGUUGCAGCCCGUACAGAGCAACCCGCCACAAGAGAAGAAGGUGAAUCUGGAAGAGGCAAUGGCUCAAUUGGCUACCUCUCAUACACAAUUCAUGAAUGAAACCAGGACAAAUUUCCAGAAUCAAUCGGCUCAGAUCAGAAGUUUAGAGGUACAAAUCAGUCAAAUGGCUAACAUGUUUUCUGAGAGGCAACAGGGAAAUUUGCCUAGCACUUCUGAAGUGAAUCCAAAAAGAGAUGGGAAAGAGAAUUGCAAAGCAGAUACCUUGAGAAGUGGUAAAGAAUUAGAAGCUCUGGUGAGAAUUGAAAAGCUUGACAAAGAUGAGAAAAGGGUGUCGUCUCAAACACAAGAGGCUACAAAAAAAUAUAUUGAAGUUAAGGCAGAAAAUCAAGCACAACCUCCUCAAGAACCAUCUCUCUGA